UCAAGGAAGUUGAUUGUGGGAACUAUACUCAUGGUUUGAGAAGAAAUACUAUUUAUAUUCAUGCAGAGGGGGAGGCAGUGAUUUCAGAGGAAAGCAGUGGCUCCUCCUGUUUGCAUCUCAAAGGACGUGCGAAUGCAGACAGGGUGAGCAUGCAACACAUCAGAUUCACACAAGGAUUCUAGAUGGAGCGAGCCUAAACGCAACUAAGAGAAGAACAGGAGGCCUAGAUGAGUGCCUGAUCUACAGCUGCUGACUUGCUAUCAUCUGAAAUCAAAGAUGGACCAAGAUGGGAAGGCACCAAAGACUUUUGUGUCCACCUUACGAUUUGCCCUCAAGCCUCAACCGAACCAACAGAAAGAGAAUGGACUGGGUAACAUUAAGAGGAAGUUGGUGGGAAACAAACUGAGAUUUUCAUCUGCAUCAGAUGCCAAACAGGCACAAGUUCAGAGUUUGGAAGCACCUCGCUUUGAAGAGCCACUCAGAGACUGUACUGUCUGUGCAGGAAGUGAUGCUGCCUUUAAAGGUGUUAUCACAGGGAGCCAACCGAUGAGCAUUUCCUGGCUAUACAAUGGUGAGAAACUGCGUUCGAGUAACAUUUCGAGUAACUUCGAAAACGGUGCUGCAUGUCUGAGCCUGACCCGGUGCUCACCUAAAAAUGCCGGGAGGUACACCUGCAUAGCUGAGAAUCCUGCAGGACAACAGUCGAGCGCUGCUCUGUUACAUGUCAAAGCAACAAAGGAAAUUCCCGGAACAAUCAACCGUGAGCUGCGCAGUGAGGUCACAUUCAAGGCUGUGUCACAUGAAAACGCUGAAUUGUUCCCAGUUUCGGCAGGGGCAAGGCAAAGCAGAGAAGAAAGGGACAAUGAUUUUAGAGAAAUCAGUCUUCAAAACCAGGUACCAACCAGUAAAGGACCUCCUGUGGAGUUUGUAGACCCACCAGAGCAGGUGGAGGUUCGAGUAGCUGAGCAGGCCCUACUGCGCUGUGAGUUCAAGUCCAGCUCUCUCCCUGUAGCUUCCUGCUGGAUUUACAACAGGGAUAAGGCUAUAUUCGGAGGACAGCGGAUGUCAAUCAGGACCACGCCAAAUCAUAGCAGUGUGCAGAUCUUUCAUGCUGAUCCAAAGGACGCAGGCUCCUACACAGUCAUUGUACGCAACAGAGCAGGUUCUGCUCAGCACACCAUCUCCCUCAGUGUUGUAGACCGACCCAAUCCGCCAGCAUCCCAGCCUGUUGUUUCCCAGCUAUCCACUCAGUCCCUGGUUCUGUCCUGGUCUGGCCCCAACUACGACGGCGGCACGACAAUUUUGGGGUACAUCUUGGAGGUCUUUAAGGAGAGCUCGGACAAAUCUGAGAGCUGGACUGAAUUAAGUCGUUGUAAGAACACAUCCUACCACGUCCAGUCAGGACUGGAGCCUCUGGGACGUUACCGCUUCCGAAUCAGGGCUUAUAACUCUGCAGGAAUCAGUGAACCGAGUCAGGAGUCUGGUUGUGUCAAGAUGGCAACUGCCAAGCAAAGGAAAGCGGAGCCUGAGUCAUAUGUCAUCGUGACCCCUGACACCCAAAAUAAAGUCAGGGACCACUACAAUGUGCAUGAGAAGCUGGGAGUAGGAAAAUUUGGUGAGGUGUACCGGAUAACCCAAAAAGAGACGGGUCAGGAGUGUGCGGGGAAGUUCUACAGAGCUCGGACCAUGAAAGAGAGGAAAGCGGCUCGCAAAGAGAUUGAACUAAUGAACAAGCUUCACCAUCCAAAACUCGUGCAGUGUCUGGCUGCAUAUGAUAGUCGUUCAGAGAUGGUCAUGGUCAUGGAGUACAUCGCAGGUGGAGAGCUCUUUGAACGCAUCGUGGAUGAAAACUUUGAGCACACAGAGCCCACCAGUGCCCGCUACAUGCAGCAGAUCCUGGAGGGCAUGCAGUAUGUUCACAAACAGAAUAUCAUUCAUCUGGACCUCAAACCAGAGAACAUCGUCUGUGUGGAUACAACUGGUACCCGCAUCAAAAUCAUCGACUUUGGUCUGGCUACUGAACUGGAGGAGGGUAAGUCGCUGAUGGUGAUGCAUGGCACGCCGGAGUUUGUGGCUCCUGAGGUUAUCGGCUAUGAGCCUGUGGGCCUGGAAACUGAUAUGUGGAGCAUUGGAGUUAUCUGCUUCAUCUUACUCAGUGGAGAAUCACCCUUCCAGGGAAACAGCGAUGCUGAGACUCUUGCUCUCGUCACUGCUGCCAGCUACGAGUUUGACCCAGAGAGUUUUGAGGACAUCUCUGACCAAGCUAAAGACUUUAUCAGUUCCCUGCUGCAAAAGGACCGGAGACGCAGGCUGUCAUGUACCGAGGCGCUUGCCCAUAGCUGGAUGGCCUCUUUCACCCCUCUAAACCGCAGGCCCACCAAGUCCCUCAAUAAGGAGAAGAUGAGGCAUUUUCUGGCCAAGCGCAAGUGGAAGAAAACUGGCAAGGCUGUUUUGGCCCUAAAGCGAAUGGCUAACCUCACCAGCAGCCCAGUCUCUGCUGGCAACUCCUCAGAGGAGCCAAGCUGGAGCCAAGAGGCAGAGGAGGCCAUCCAGUCGCUGGAUAACCAGCUCCAGAUUGAGCCUCAUUUCCAACAGGCCCUGAAGGACGUUACCCUCCCUGUAGGAGCAGCUGCUCAGCUGACAUGUGUUAUCAAUGGGUAUCCGCAGCCAGAGGUGAAAUGGCUUCACAAUGAGAAGCCGGUGCCUGAAUCUCGCAGAGCGACCAUAGAGCAUCAUGGAGAAGGGCUCUGUUCUCUGGUUCUGGCUGAUUUGAAGUUUUCUGACUCUGGGGUGUAUGUAUGCAAGGCCAGAAACAAACUGGGGGAAGCAAUGUGCUCUGCCAAACUGAAAGUGCGACCGUAACAACUUUUCUUCAUUGCAAAAAGGACCAAGCUGAAUUUUUGUCUUGUCGGUAUAUGAAUGGACAGUCACAAACUCCUGAUUUCACGUAAUUUCAACGCAAAUACACGUGUGUUACCUUGUCUGCUGGAUAAGGUUAGUACAGAUGCCAAAGUAGUUAGUAGUCCACUCAGAAAAUCUGUAUUUAUGUGUUCAGCUACUAAUGCACAAGGUGUUGUACUGAUAGGUUGUUUAUGUCUUUCUCCUGUGACUGUAAUCACAUUUAAAAAAAAAAAAAGUGUACAUUUAAACAAUAUUUAGCUGUGUAAGAUGUAUUAAACACUGAAGAUUUUAAAAAGCUGACUUUCUCAAAAAUAAAUGUUCUAAAAUAACUCA